UGAAUUACAAAACUUUCGUAACUCGGAGUUUCAGUGUGAGCACGCUGCGAGAAUGGAGCUCACUGACAGCGAAGAAGAGCGACUUAUUUUUAUUACGCCAAAUAUCAAUUUUCAAGAUCUGUAAUUUCGACGACAAUGAACAAGCGGAAUGAAUGGCAGUUCCAGUCGGAGCGUACCCCGAGGAAGAGAUCUCACAUCAAACGCCUAGAAGGAGCACGAACUUCCUAAACAAGACAAACAUGAAUUCAACACGAGAAGAAAGCCUGGAAUCCGCGGAAUUUCCAUCAAAACAACAAGAACAAGAUGAGGCCAACCGAAAAACAUCCCUCGCCCUAGUUCGCAAAGUGCUGAAGACUCUGCUUUUCCCGUUAAUCCUACUUGGCAUCGUAGAUACCUACAUAUAUACCGACGCUGCAUUAAAGCCAAGCUCGGUCCACCCUACUGAAGUAAAUUCGGGAUCUGCUCGCUUCAGGUGCAAAGACGCAUUCCUCAAGAUCUACUGUUUCCUGAUUGGUGUCCUGCUGUAUGCGGCUCUUUUUGGCUCCAUCACCUUCACCCUUCGUGCCAGUGAUUUCCAGACCAUUUCCAGGCUUGCAGCACUAGAUAUCUGGUCCCUGCUAUGCGCAGGACAGUGGACAACCUGUCUGCUGACGAUGUCAAGGAGAAGUGGUGGCUCAAAAUACUCCAAAUUUGUGCGAGCUCUUGUUUUUGCAGACUCAAAUGGAGUUCCUCCAGCUUCGAAGGCCGUGAAGUUUGUGACGGUAGCUUCCUUGGUUAUUUUAGUGUCUCAAAUGUUCUUUAUCCCAGUGCUCAUUAAUCUCCCCAAGGCCUAUAUCUUUCGCAACAAAUUCCAGAUGUUCUUGUUCGGUAAGGAAAACAUGACGAUAACUAGUCAACACGGAUGGGUUCUUGGGCUCUUUGCAGUUGCUCCGCCAUUUCAGAGCAUUGCAUGGAUCAUACCGACGGGUUUCUACAUCACAACCUGCCUACUGCUGGCGGCAAAGUUCUCGAAUGUGACAAACAAGGCACGCUGCGCUAUUGACAAUGAUGGCUACGUCGACAUCUCUUUUAUUCGUCGAGAUCAUCUCCGACUCUGCCAGGCCGUACAGGCCCUAGAUGCUAUCCUCUCUCCCAUCGCGCUUAUCUCCUACGGAUGCAAUAUCCCGCUCGUUUGCAUCUUCCUCGACAUGAUCAUAGGAAUGUUGAGUGACAAGGAAGAAGCCUUUACAAUCGUGCUAGCCACAUUCUGGUGCAUAAUGAACAUCUCAAACACAGUUCUUUGCUCCCUUGCAGGGGCUCACCUUAACUCCGCGGCUCACAGUUUGACAGGCGUUGUGUACGAGGUCGACGUUAAGAAACUUGACGCUGAUGAAAAAGCUGAGCUAAUGCUGCUCCUGAACAAACUCAAUACGGAGGUUAUUAGCCCUACGAUUGGCGGGAUCGUCCCGAUAACUCGCGGGAUGCUGUUGACGGUAUUCGGUACCAUACUGGGAUACCUGACGAUUCUUGUCCAGUUUAAGUGAUCAGCAUAAACCGCACAAGGGGGUUGUCGUAAUUAAGGGGUUAAUUAGGGGUGUCAGCUAAGCGCCUGAGUUUAAUAGCCAGAAAUGAAGCAACUGCGCAGGGGAUGAUAGGAUGAUAGCUUUUGCCCCCAUCCUGGCAACGCGCCUUGAGUGAUAUUAUGUAUCACACAUACAUUCUAUUGUAAACAUUACUCUAGUGGGUUUAAGUGGAUGGUAUCAAUACAGCUAUAAAUUACACUAAAAUUGACAAUAAGAAAAUGGCCGAUGUAGGUUCGAUAAAUAUUCGUGUUUUCUUGUAUAAAUCCUCCUAAUUACUACAUGGGUUUCACUGACUUGUACAAUAGCUUUGUUCUCCUUGCCAUAGGUGUCAGGCAUUCGCAAUUUCCAUUUAUGUACAUUAAAACUCUUCUCAAUGAAAAUUGAGAAAGCUGUA